UUUAUUUUAUUCGGCGCUAUGCUCUACCACGGGCGAGCCUUUCGACUCAGUUUUAACGCACGUUUGAAACGACAACUAUAUGUUAUGUUCGCUCGGUAAUUAUUCAAAUCGGAAGCGACUCUUAAAUCAGUAUUUUUUGGCCGGCUCUUGUCUCCGCGUAUCCUUAGUUAAUCAUAGUUUAUUUUUAUCACGACGUGUUAAUAAUUGUGGGGGCCUCCAUUUCGCUCUAGUAUUUGUUACAAUCGCUCGCGGAAACGUCGAAAAAUUCGCGAAGUUUGUUCACCUAAAGACCUAUUAAAUACUUUUUGGACGCGGGAACAUUUUGAAAGUUCGUAUUUUGGCGGGAACGUGUGUGAUGGCAGUGUGUAGAUUGAACAAUGUUUUUUUACGUUUUCGAGGUUAAGCGGUAUACUAGAUGUUUAAACAAGUGUGUUUUCUAAUGGAUUUAUUUUGAGGUGAGUUUAAAUUUACUUGUGUUGGUGUAUUGUUUGUUCGUGUUUAUGUGUUCGGUGGCGGGAAACCGAAUACCCAGCCGGUUCUUUGCAUGUAUUGUAUUCAAAACAUUGGGUUCGUAUCGGCUCAGUCAUUUCAAGAGUGCGAUAGAGGUGUGCCGCAGGGAGCUCUACUAGACACUCACUUUUUAACUCUAUAUGUAAUUGUGGUGUUGAAUUUGUGAUACCUGGAUGUGUCUCCAGCGAGAUGAAGACGACCACUUUAUAGGUGACGCGACACCAAUGGUGCAACUACCACUCCUGGGUCCUGAGACAGCGCUGAACACAAGUCCAGGUGGUGCUGCGAAGCCGCCACCACUCAACUCUUUCGAGCUGGACCGCUGCUUGGACAGAGAGGAGGCCGGGCGGUGGGGAGGUGAGGCAGCACGGCGUCGUAGACGCAGCCCUCCGCGUCGCUCGCCGACAGCUGAAAAUGAACCACUAUCUCUUGCUAGGGCAUCAGCUCCAACAUCGCCAACAGCUGGAUCUACUCAAUCCAGCCCAGCACCAGCCUCGCCAUCAGGCAGCACCAACGCAGGUGCCAGGUCUCCAUUGCCAUUAGUUGCGCCAGAUCUGCUAGCUAUGCAACUGCUGGACCAGCAUAGCCAGCUUCAAGCGCUGAUGAAGCAACGCCUGUUUCAUCAGCAUCAUAUGCAGAAACAGCACAUGUCUUCAGAGGCAGCAAAAAGACUGGAGCAGUCACGAUUGCAAGACCAAAUAAGCCUCAAUCUGCUCUCACAGUCCCAUCUUCAAGCACCAGACAGUUCGCCAGGUUCCCUCCAGCAACAGCUUGGUGCGCAACAGCAACAGCUGGUACAGCAAUUGCAGGCGGUCCAGAGGCAAUAUCUGAUGCACGCACCACUUUCCGUUCCACCAAAUGCACCGCCAGGUCUAAUGUUAUGGGGUAGUGAAAUAGAGGAACACCCCUUGUAUGGACGAGGUGUCUGUAAGUGGCCGGGAUGCGAUGCCCUCGCUGAAGAUUUCCAGGCUUUCCUCAAGCACUUAGAAGCAGCACACACAUUAGACGAUCGUUCAGCUGCGCAGGCGCGUGUCCAGAUGCAGGUGGUAGCCCAGUUGGAGCUGCAGCUACGCCGCGAGAGGGACCGUCUGGCUGCCAUGAUGCGUCAUCUCCAUGCUGCAAGGGAUACCGCUCAUCAUCAUAAAAUGCCACAUGGACCUGCCAGUGAAGGGGCAUCUCCAGGUCCCGUGAGGCGUCGGGUCUCCGAUAAAUCUGGGGUGGCUAUAGCUGGAGGUCUUCCAUACAUGCUCGAAAGAGCUGGAUUAGACGUACAACAAGAAAUACAAAGGAAUCGGGAAUUUUAUAAGAGCGCGGAUGUGCGGCCGCCCUUUACUUACGCAUCACUUAUAAGACAGGCCAUUAUAGAGUCUCCAGACAAACAGCUCACAUUGAACGAGAUUUACAACUGGUUCCAGAGUACUUUCUGUUACUUCAGACGAAACGCAGCCACUUGGAAGAAUGCAAUCCGGACGAACCUGUCUCUACACAAAUGUUUCGUGCGCUACGAGGAUGACUUCGGUUCGUUUUGGAUGGUGGAUGAUGCGGAAUUCGUGAAGAGAAGGCAUCUCAGCCGAGGUCGACCCAGAAAGUAUGAGCCAGCCCCACCGGGACCCAACGCUCAACAGUUUUUGGGAGCUCAAAGCCCACCAAUGAUGACUAGUCCUCAUGGAUACAGCGAAGCUUUGAAGCGAAACCUUCAGGGUAUGAUGGAAGAUUGCAAUCUAGCGUACAUGUCAACGGAUGAUCAUAUGAUGCAAAAUGAUGAUUACCAAUCAUCCCAUGAGGAUUACAGCCGACCACAAAUGAUGAACGGUUACGGCAACAGCAGUUCCUCACACGACGUCAAAGCCGAAGAUCUGAGUGCUAACGAUGCACAAGAUAUUAAGCCAAAUAUUUAUGCUCUGAAGAACGAAAUGCAGGCUUCUGAUUAUACCAGUAAAGGUGAUUACUCAAAUUCAACCAAGGAGUCCUCAAGCAACCGCUCCAGCGAGACAAGCCCAUACAGCGAGUACGCGCGUCCCGAGGACAGAUACCGCGCCCUCUCCCACAUCAAAGACGAGGCAGAAAACUUGUCCCUCAACGAGCAAAGGUCUGACAAGUAGAUUUUUAAAUUUGGAAUUCCAUCGAAAAUCAUCGAAGUGAUUGAACUAAGCAAUACAAAGUGAUUACGAAUUUUGCACUAGCAUUAUCACAAUAUUUACGGGUAGUUGUAUUUUGUGAAGUGUUCACUGGAGUAUAGUUUACCAAAAACGUUAAUUUCACCCGGUUUUAACGGGAAGUAUUAUUUUUAGUUCUAGCUAUUUUGAAUUGUUAGCGGCAUUGUUAGUAAUGCCUUAAUAAAGGUUCAUAUCAAUAUUGAAAUAUUUAAAAGUAUUUAAUCAUUAUUUGUAAUAAAUAAGAACAAUAAGUAGCUGUAUCGGUAAGUAUAGUACAUUUGCGCAAAGCGUUUUGGUUCGCGUUCAUUCCUUGUUAGUUUGAAUCUGUUUGCUUAAAGUUUUGAUUUACAUUUAAGUCUCAAUUAAAUUGAAAUCGGUCAAAAUUGUAUGAUCUAAAACGUAAAAAAGGGUGCGUGUACUUAUGUACGCGCGUAAGAAGUUAUACUUCUUUG